AUGGAGUCCGACACUACAUUAAAAUUCGAGAAUUAUUGGAAUGCAAAUAUAUGUGAUGCAGAAUUUGUUGGAGCAGACGAAGUAAAAGAACUUGAAGAAAGUGAUGAACAUGAGGAAGAAGAUACUUGUACACCAGAAGGAGAAAUUGUAAAGUCCUUGUCGCAAUUGUAUAAAUGGGACCUCUCUUUACAAAAAGGUGGUACUCAUAGACAAAAACUAUUAGAUAUUUCUCAAUAUGUCUUGGAAAAGUUCAAAGAUGCUAAUAACAACAAUAGAAUCAUUCAUGAUUUAGAUCUACGACGAUGGGCCUUAGGAGCAAAAAAACAAAUUAAUCUUCCUCAUUUUAAAGCAGGAGCAACAUGGAUAGGAAUGCGUCAAAGAAGAAUCACCCUACUCAUGUGGCUCGACCGAGUACGAGAAGGAGAAAUUUGCGCAGUCAACACCGGCAGCAAAAUCGACAGCGAAUGGCACAGAGGAAUCAUAAUUAAAGACCUUGGAGAUGGAGUUGUCCUUGUUUCUCUUAGAGAUUGGGGACAGGAACGAGAACAAAAAGCCCUUGAGUGGUGGGAAAGAGAACAGUGUGCAGAAAAGAAGCGACAGGAAAGAAGCAGGCAGGAAGAACGAGAACGGCGAAAGAAAAAACGACGAGAAGAGCAGGAACGUCGAGAGAAAGAAAUACGAGACGACUACAAAUGGACUUGCAACGAGGGCACAAAAACAGCGGAACGAGAAAGACGGGAAAGAGCGGAACGGGAAAAACAAGAACAAGAGCGUAGAGAACAAUUACAGCGGGAAAAACAGGCCCAGGAACGACGAAUACGAGCUGAGCAAGAAAGAAAUGAGAAAGCAGCACAGGAACGACAGAGGAAAGAGCGAAAGAAACAAGAACGCAGAGAACAGGAACGGAAAGAAACGCAAAAUCGUGAGAGGAUGGCUCAAGAACAGCGAGCCAGAGAAGAACAAGCCCAGCGAGAACUGGAAGAGAGAAAGGAAAGAAAACACCGAGAAAAGGAGAGGCGAGAGGAACGAGAACGGCGAGAACGGCAAGCAAGAGAGCGACAAAAACGAGAAAACCGAAUUCGAGAGCAGAGGGAAAGAGAGAAGCGUGCCGAGUUAGCACAACAAGAACGAGAAAGAAGAGAAAAAGAAAGGCGUGAGCAGGAACAGCGAGAGGAACAAGCUCGCCUGGACCGCAUUCGCAUGAUGGCUCCUCGA